UCCUGAACACCAGCAAGUUGUGCGCUCUUGGAAAGUUGCGCCGACUGCUGACUUCAGGGAGGCAUCUCCGUCUGGUGUCGGACUCCUCUCAGGAAUGCAGCGGGAAGUGUAAGAAGCCCUCUUCUGCUAAAGUAGGACGGAGCUUUAGAGCAAAGCCAUUGUUACGUGCUAUUUUUGCAGUGAGAGCAUGUCAACCAGGCGUCCUGACCAAGAAGUCACUUUAAACUUCACAUCACCGACCUGCGAGGAUUAUUAAGCACCCGACGGCGACUUCUUCAUCUCCCGCAUCAUGGGCUGCAGCAAGGUGCUGUGGGGGGUGAUAGGGGCGGCUGUCGUCAUCACGUUAAUAACCAUCCCCGCAGUUUAUUUCAGCAAAUCUGGUGGCACCAAAAGGCUGUUCACCCUUGAAGACUACUUCAAUGACACCAUUAGGUGGAAAUCCUACAAUUUGUACUGGAUAUCAGACAGGGAGUAUCUGCAUAAAACAAGAGAUGGGAAUGUCUUCCUCCACAAUGCUGAAACAAAAGAGGAGUCGCUGUAUUUGAGCAAUUCAACCUUUGCUCAAGUGGAUGCCACAGAUUACAUGCUGUCAGGGGAUUAUAGAUACAUUGCUUUUGAAAGCAAUUACACAAAGAAAUGGAGACAUUCAUUCACAGCCUCUUACUCCAUCUAUAACAGGGACAGUUCAACAUUUGUUCUGCCUGUGAGUCUUCCAGCCGUCGUGCAGUACUUUUCCUGGGCCCCAACAGGAAAUAAAUAUGCUUACGUCUCAGACUACAAUAUUUAUUUCAAAUCCAACGUCACUGCUGAAGCUGUACAAGUGACCCACAACGGGAAAAAGGAUGAGAUCCUUAAUGGUGUCCCUGACUGGGUAUAUGAGGAGGAAGUGUUUGCAUCUAACGGGGCAAUAUGGUGGUCGACGACUGGAAAAUACUUGGCUUACGUGGAGUUUAAUGACACAGAUGUUCCCAAAGUGGAGUUCUCUUGGUAUGGAUCUGAGCAGUAUCCUCAGACCGUGGCUCUUCCAUACCCAAAGGCUGGAUCGACCCUCACUAAGGUCAAACUGUUUGUGGUUGAUACCACAAAUCCAUCCCGUCGCACACAGGUGGUUGCCCCCGCAUCUGUUGCUUCUGGUGAUCACAUUUUGUGCUCGGUGACCUGGCCCACAGACGAACGCGUCGCUGUGCAGUGGCUCACCAGAAAACAGAAUUACGUGGUUGUACAGAUCUAUGACUUUGAUGGAAGCAGCUGGAGAGAAAAACAGAAAUUUGAGCAAACAAGCAAGACAGGCUGGGUCGGCCAUUACGUGCCCUUACCUCUUUUCUUCGCCAAAGACAAACUCAGUUUCUACAAAGUGAUGAGUGACACUCAGGGCUACAAACAUAUUCAUUAUGUGAAAGAUGGCAAAGCAACACCUGUUACCUCUGGGAAGUGGGAAGUCAUCUUCAUAUCCAAAUUAACAAAAGAUGCCAUAUAUUAUGUGAGUAAUGAAAACGAAGGAAUACCCAAAAAGACUAAUCUUUACAAGGUUAUGAUCGGAGGCAGCCCGUCUGCACCUCAGUGCCUCACCUGCGGCCUGAAUAAGGACAGGUGUCAGUACCACUCUGCUUACUUCAGCUUUGACGCCUCCUACUACAGAAUGGACUGCUACGGACCCGGUCUACCCCUCUACACACUCAUGGACAACCGGGGCCCAGGUGUCGAGCUCACCGUUCUUGAAGAGAACAAGGCUCUGGAAAAUAUUCUGUCAGAAUUCCAAAUGCCAACAAUGCAGUACGGCACAAUAAAGAUUGCAGGAUUUGAUCUUUGGUAUCAGAUGAUGCUACCGCCAAAUUUCAAGAAGUCUAAAAAAUAUCCUCUUCUUAUUGAUGUGUACGGCGGCCCCUGCAGUCAGCAGGUGGACUAUCGUUUCAAGCUGAACUGGGGCACGUACCUCUCCAGUUCACACGGGAUUAUCAUCGCCAGCUUUGAUGGAAGGGGAAGCGGUUACCAAGGUGAUGAAAUACUGCACGCAAUCUACAAGCGCCUUGGGACGUUUGAAGUGGAAGAUCAGAUAACAGCUGUGAGGAAAUUUAUUGAUAUGGGUUUUAUCGACAAAGACAGAAUAGCAAUAUGGGGAUGGUCAUAUGGUGGUUACGUCACUUCAAUGGCCUUGGGUGCUGGAACUGGACUCUUCAAGUGUGGAAUAGCAGUUGCCCCAGUAGCCAAGUGGGAAUAUUAUGAUGCCGUGUACACUGAACGCUACAUGGGCACGCCCACAGAGAACUCAGACUAUUACAAAAAUUCCUCAGUGACGGCCAGAGCAAAGAACUUCAAAACAGUAGACUAUCUAUUGGUUCAUGGCACAGCAGAUGACAAUGUCCAUUUCCAGCAGGCAGCACAGAUCUCCAAAGCUCUGGUGGACGAGCAAGUGGAGUUUGAGGCGAUGUGGUACACUGACAAGGACCACGGUCUCCGAGGAUCAGCUUCCCGUCAUACAUACGUCCUCAUGAGUCACUUCCUGCAGAAAUGUCUCCUUAAUCCCAAAUAGAUGUGAAGAAUGUGCCAACAAUUACAGUGAAAGUUACCUUUUUUUCUGAAUUGUGUAUAUUUUAUCUUACUGAUAUUCUGAAGUGUCAGGUUGAACUCUGUACAUUUGUUUUUAUGUGCAAUGGAUGUUCGAUUGCUUGUACAAAUAAGCAUUUGUAUUUUGUGUGGAAUUAUGGAAUAUUUGUCAGAAUAUGUGACAUUUAAAACAUACUAAAAGCCAUUGCAUGCAUUUCUAGUUGAAAACAUUUUUUAUGUGAACAUGGUAACAUCCACUCGCUGGAUUGCACAGCACUGAUUUGUUGUGGAGUAUUAUAAUUUGUGUUGAAGUCAUGUUCUAAUGAAAGUGAAAUAAACAUUGUUUUGAAAAAUUACAGUUUCAUUUUUGAUUAACUAUGUUAUAUAUUUAGUCCAAAUGUAUUAACACAGAAUGCGGUUAAAAAGAAUUACGUUGUGCAUAUAUGCAAAAGGUUUUAUUAUGGUAAUGUGAAUGGUUAUAUCAACUUACAAUGAGCCUUAUAUAACUGCAAUUCCCUCAUUUUUCAAAGUGUUAAAGCUCACUUCAUGUGCAAGUAGAGAGAAUA